AUGUCGACCUCCGAUAACAGAUCUGUUGAGAUCAUUGAUGGCGUUAAUGGCCUCCAAAAGGUUGUCCUCCAUCAACACCACGGCAGUUCUGUCGAGGUAUAUCUGUAUGGUGGACAUGUGACAUCUUGGAAAAAUGAGCAUGGAGAAGAGUUGCUUUUUAUGAGUAGUAAGGCAACCUUCAAGCCUCCAAAGCCAAUACGAGGAGGUAUUCCUAUAUGCUUCCCUCAAUUCUCAAAUGUAGGCACGCUUGAUCUACAUGGAUUUGCUAGGACCAAAUUCUGGAGUGUUGACAAUGAACCCCCUCCCMCCCCAGCCAAUGCCAUAAAUAGAGUUUUCGUUGACUUGAUCUACAAGUCAACUGAAGAGGAUUUGACGACUUGGCCUCACAGCUUUGAGUACAGAUUGAGGGUUAGUCUUGGACCUGGAGGAGACUUGAUGCUAACAUCUCGCAUCAGAAAUACUAGCAUUGACGGAAAGCCAUUUUUGUUCACCACUGCAUAUCACACCUAUUUUUCUGUUUCAGAUAUAAGUGAAAUUCGGGUGGAAGGAUUGGAGACGCUGGAUUAUCUUGACAAUUUGCAGAAGAGGGAGCGAUUUACAGAACAAGGGGAUGCACUAACUUUUGAAUCAGAAGUUGACAAGGUUUAUCUCAGCACACCAACAAAGAUUGCAAUUCUGGAUCAUGAAAAGAAACGGACGUUUGUCAUUCGGAAAGAUGGACUUCCUGAUGUUGUGGUCUGGAAUCCAUGGGAUAAGAAGGCAAAGUCUAUUCCUGAUUUUGGAGAUGAAGAUUACAAACAUAUGCUUUGUGUGGUCGCUGCAGCAGUGGAAAAACCCGUUACAUUGAAGCAUGGAGAGGAGUGGAAAGGAAGGCAAGAACUUUUGGCAGUUCCUUCAAGUUAUUGCAGCGGGAAGCUUGACCCUAGGAAAGUCUCCGAGAGCAGUUGAACGAAAAAAAAUGGGUUGAUGUCAAUAUCAUGUACAGGUGUUCGGAUGCAUUCAUUCAUAUGGUGGGGUAAAAGUAAAUCUGUUUGAAUCAGUUGUAUACAGUUUUGAUUGGUUGGUUGGGGCUCUUCUUUUUUGAAAAUAAUGUUGUGGGUUUGGUGAUUGAAAUGGCAAAUGCCAAACUUAAAAAGGUAGCAUAUGGUCUCAUGAUUGA